AGAGGUAGGAGAAGGUAACAACUCGCAAGGUGAGAACAGCACCAGCUGCUGCAACGUUGUCUUGGCAGGUAAUUAAAGCAGUGCACCUUUGACAUUUAACUUUAAUGAUCCUGGUAAAAGGGUGAUUCAUUCUGGAUACACAACCACACUGUGUACUUAGAGUCAUGAGGGCAUACAGUACGUGGAAACUGUUUAUUAUAUAAAAUAUUACUUCAAAUGAGUAUCAUAGCCCACGGCUACCUAGACACUUAAUCAGCGCUCCUGAAAACACUCAUUCCCCACGUGUUACAAGUACAUUCAUUUUUUUAGUUCACUUCCUCCACUCAGCCUACUUCAUUUCUCCCUGAAUCAUGCUGGUUACCACAAGAUGCUGAAAGAGAGAGAGAGAGAGAGAGAGAGAGAGAGAGAGGAAAGAAAGAAGAAAAAAAAACUCCAGAUCUGCCAGAAACUGAAAGCAAGAACCUGACAAAUAUAUAAACAGUACAUGCGCCUCACUAAAGCAUGAAGGUAUCUUGCUCUCGCUCACUACUCCUCCAAGGUAAGCCCAUCUUAAAAAAUACAAUGCGUCUAACAUUGCCUUGAUGGUUUGGGUAUUUGUCUAUUCACAUAUAUAUUUAUUUUGAUAUUAUUUCAGUGUUUGGAUUAAUUUACUAUAUGUGAGCAUAUUUAAGACACAGCAGUGAUAGCGACAGAUGCACAGUGUAGCUAUGGCAGUCAAUAUAAAUGCAAUCAUUUGUUGGUGACAUUUUAUUUCUAUUUCUUGGAUUUUUAUUUCUUGUCAGUGUCAAACUUCAAGUAAAAAAGGCCUGUCGGGCAGCUGCAGUGUUCAUGUACAUGGAAUAACAUCUAGUAUCCAUACUGGGUUCAGUUCCAAUAACUUUUCCGCCGUUUGUGUAGAAGUGAGGAAGCUUUUGUUGUCAGUUAUCUGGAGAGACAACUUGACAAUGCUCAUGGUUUCAUGUGAGUGAGAAAGAUGUUGACUCAUCAAGAAAACUGUGUUGAUGUAAGCUACUCAUGAUGUAAGUGCAUAUAGAGACCAAAAUAAAGAAGGAAAAGUUGCUUAGAUUAGAAGUGAUGUGUUAGCAAAGUCUUUAAUGUGUAGUCGGCUGAUUGGGAUCUCUGAGACUCUGAGAAAAUGCUUCCUUCCACGCUGAAAACAUUUGGGGAAUCAAGACCCUUUUGUUUCCUAUUCAACCAGACCAUCUGUAGUGUCCCUGGAUGACUUGAGGAAAAAGCAUGUAUGAAUAUGCUGUGUGGUGGAAGUUACAGGAUGUGUGGGUGGAUUGUCUUUCAGAAAUAUUAACAGACUUCUGUACGGACACUAAGCAUGGAGAUUGACAUUUAAGUUCCCAUAAAAGAAUCCACGUACUUGACCGGAAUGCUGUGCAGUAGUUUGCGCUGGAAGUGACACUAAAGGUCAUGUCUUUACAGUUAUGUGAUGUGAUGGCGCUUGAAUUCCAGUCAUAAAAGAUAAUAAACUGUAAGCAAAAGAUGAUUUAUAACCCACAUCUCUGGUCACGUCUGUGUCAGAUGACUCUUUGGUGGCAGGCUCUCGUCCUCCUCUGCUGUGUGCUGAACUGUGUGGAGUCGUCCUCUCCAUCUCCACUCCUCCAGAGGAACAAAUACAACAACUCCUUUCGUCUCACGAGGUCCACCAGAACCCGUGUCCAGCAGCUGCAGAGGAAAUAUAAGGAGCAGCAGUUGGGGAACAAGCACUUUGAGGACAGAAGUCGGCAGUUAAAGGACCUGCCGUUGCUUUCUACAGAUUUCUACAGCUGGCUCAGGCUGACGGACUGGGAACGACUGCAUGCUGCUUUCUGGGACAUGCAAGCCUAUUGGAAUAUGCUGGAGUGGAAGAGAAAACAGCUGGAGAAGGAGGAGAAAGAGCAGAUGGUGGCGCGGGCGGUCGGCACCACUUUACCUCAGAGCAUCAGGCACAUUCAGCUGGACCUGAGGGACCUGAUGAGCCAAGUCAGCAGUCAGAUGAGUUCCAUGAGGAGCUCUUGGACGAAGCCAACCUCUCCUACGGCACCCGUAAACCCACAAACCAGAUCCAAAACAGUAUGGGACAGCCGUGUGGAGGGUUACAUCAUUCUGAGGGAUCUAGACCUUUACCUCACCAAGCUGGCAAGAGACUUCCUCCUCCUGGCUUCAAAAACACACUGAUGACUCAACGCUGAAAGCAGAACGCCGGCACCCUGACAACAACACAAACAGGCAAAAGGAAGAAAAGGCUGAAGUGAUGAUCAGCACCUAAUUGGAAUAAUAGUUGUCAUCAGUGUUUUAGAGGUGUUGUCACCACUUUAUACGGAGCUGUCACUUUAGCUAGUUGCAUUUUUUACUCAGUGUUUUACAGUAUAUUUAAGGGCUUUCUUGGGUAUUUCCCAGACUUUCUGU